AAAUUUUCGUUACAUCUCUCUCUCUCUCUCUCUCUCUCUCUCUCUCUCUCUCUCUCUCUCUCUCUCUCUCUCUCUUUCUCUCUCUGUCUCUUCUUUUUGCUUUCGUUUUUUUUUUCUUCAGAUUCAGUUCCAGCAAUCACAAUUAAGAACCCUAAUUUUUCACAAUACCUUUCAUCACCAUUUACGUCUGAGACUCGUAUUGUUCUUCUUCUUCCACAUUGUUGUUUAUUUUUUGUUUUGGUGCACGAAAAUGGAAGAAAUGAAAAAGACUCAAUAAGCUAUCUAAGAGUGGAACCUUCGUUAUUAACAAACCUGAAAUUAACUUAAUUUGUAUAUAAGGAAACUAUAAAAUUUUAUCAAGAUGGAGGAGAUGUCACCAGAUAAUAUACAUGGAGUCAUUUUAGCUGUGUCUUCGAGUAUAUUCAUCGGUUCAAGCUUCAUCAUCAAGAAAAAAGGUCUCAAGAAGGCUGGUGUAAGCGGAGCUAGAGCAGGUGAAGGAGGGUAUGGAUACUUAUAUGAACCUUGGUGGUGGGCUGGAAUGAUAACAAUGAUUGUUGGGGAGAUAGCCAAUUUUGCAGCUUAUGCAUUUGCACCUGCUAUUCUAGUGACACCUUUGGGAGCUCUAAGUAUUAUUUUCAGCGCAGUGCUUGCACAUUUUAUCUUGGAAGAGAAGUUGCAUAUGUUCGGUAUACUUGGCUGCGUCCUCUGUGUUGUUGGAUCUACAACGAUUGUUUUGCAUGCUCCUCACGAGCAAGACAUUGAAUCAGUCAAGCACAUAUGGCAUCUGGCUACUGAACCAGGCUUCCUUGCUUACUCUGCUGUGGUUUUGGUUGUGGUGCUUGCACUGAUCUUCUACUACGAACCCCGUUAUGGGAAGACGCAUAUGAUAGUAUAUGUUGGGAUUUGCUCCUUAAUGGGAUCUCUCACUGUUAUGAGUGUCAAAGCUGUGGCAAUUGCUAUAAAGCUGACUUUUUCCGGGAUGAACCAGUUUAAGUACUUCCACGCAUGGAUCUUCAUCAUAGUAGUGACCAUAUGUUGCAUUUUGCAAAUCAACUACCUGAACAAGGACUGGGCUUCUCAGAGUGGUUUGCAAAUUGCGACGGAGCUAUGUGGCUUUGUGACCAUUUUAUCAGGAACCUUUCUUCUCCACAAGACAAAAGACAUGGGAAACAGUGGUAGCUCACGUGGCGCCACGUCACACACGCCUAGAGACACUCCUGUCUUCAUCAACUCAGGUUCCACUCGCAGUUCCAAUUCUAAUCUCUAGCUCUUUUAUGAUCCAACGGCUCAGAUGGAAGAUAGAUCAUCUGACGGCCUAGAACGAGGCAACACUGGCAACAAAGAGAGCUUUUCUUGAGGGGGAGGUGAUUAAAAGAAAAAGAGUAAUUGGGUUUUAAAGGUAUACUCUGUUUUUGGGGGAGAGGGAAAAGGUUUAGUGAAUGAUUUUGUUAGGGAUGAUAUUUAAUUAAUUGCUUAAUGUUCUUUUUUUUGUUUCUUAUAUGAGAGAUAUAGGAAGUUUUUAAACAAAGAAUUAAGGAUUACAGCUUUACUUUUUGUCUCUAACAUUUUGUAUUGACUUUUGUAAGUCAAAGCAAAGACUCUUUUUAAAAAAAAAAAAAAAAAAGUUAUGGGUCUACGGUCCACCAUUUAUUUGAAGCGAUCAAUAAAUUAACUCGGG